ACUUCGUCCGCAAACAAUCUACUUUGGCCUCCACCUCCCCCCAUUUCUUACAUUACUACUUUGCCCCUUUCUAUUUCACCAUCUCCAUGGCCGCCGCCGCCUCUCGGACAGCUUUUCUGCUCUCUUCUUCAGCUCUGCUGCUCCUGUGCUUCUGCACAGAAGCGAAAGAGAUAACAGUGGGAGGGAAGUCGGACGCCUGGACGAUCCCAUCGUCGGAGUCCGAUUCCCUCAACAAAUGGGCCCAACGCACCCGCUUCCGCAUCGGCGACUCCCUCUUGUGGAAGUACGACGGGACGAAGGACUCGGUGCUGGAGGUGUCGAGGAAAGCUUACCUCGCCUGCAAUGUCACCGAACCCAUUGCAGAGUACAAAGACGGGGACACCAAGGUGAAGCUGGAGAGAUCCGGCGCGCACUACUUCAUCAGCGGAGCUGAUGGACAUUGCAAGGAAGGUCAGAAGGUGAUCAUAGUUGUGUUGUCUCCCAGAACUGCUUCUCCUGCUCCUUCCCCUGCUUCUGAGGAUGAAGACCAGUCGCAGCAGGUUAUGUCUCCUGCUGUUGCGCCCACGAGCGCAGCUGCUGCUGCGUCCAGCUUCGGUCUUGCUGCUCGCCUGGUUUCGGUUCUGGGUUCCCUGCUGCUUCUCCAUUGCUUCAUCUUCUGAUUCCUUUCGGAAUGAUGGGUGAUGGGUUUCAUUGUUUACCCCCCGGAAUGAUAUGUUUCUUGGGGAGGGUUGGUUAAUUAGUUCAUAAUUCAUUUGAUUCAUUUGUAGUAAAUGAGUGUCUUCGAUUUCCUUAUCUUUGCAACUUCAAAGCUAAGCAAUUCAAAAAAAGCACUUCAAAGAUCAUCAAACAUGAUGAAGAGUUGAUAGCAGGUUGGAUUGGAUGAGCUAAGUGCACAAAUGGGGAUCCAGAGUUCGAAAGAAGCAAACAUCUGGUCGUGACGCUAGCAAGAAAUAACAUACUCAACAAGCUUGCUUCAAUAAGAAAAGUUUGAAUGAAUA